CGUCACUGUGCCAGAACCCAGGGGUGCCUAUGGGCGGUCAGAGGGUGGGUCGACGCUUUGAGGAAGGUGACCGGGUUCGCUACACCUGUUACAAAAGCCUGGUUCUUUUGGGCUCUGUCUAUAGAACCUGCCUGGAGGAUGGGAGCUGGUCUGGUUUAGAACCCCGCUGUGAAGAUCCUCAUUCAUACGAUGAACCAGAAACAGUUGCGAAGCACCUGAAAUUUUCUGAAGAAAUUCUACUGAAUCCAGACAAAGAGAUCCACAUCUACUUUGUGAUAAAGGCGUCAAGCAGUGUGGGCACAGAGAAUCUGAAGAAGGCUCUGCUCUUUGUGGAUAAUUUGUCUGGGAUGGUCAUGGCCUCCUCUGGACAGGUGAAAUGCAGUCUGGUGCUGUUUGGCUCCUCAGCUAGAGAGAUGGUUCCUCUCACCUCAAACCAGGUGGCCAUGGAGAUGGAGGAUACAGAUAAUGUCACAGAUUUCCUGGAGCAGCCGGGCGUGAACACCGGAGAGGCCCUGACGGUUGUCCUGCAGUCCGUCCGGCGCAAUCCCACCGGGAAGCAGAUCGUCAUCCUGGUCACGGACGGUAGGGUGUGGCAGAGGGCAGAGGCAGGAGGGCUCUCGGAGAAGAGGGGUACACAGGGGCAGCUGGCAGGAGUCUCAGUCCAGAAAUGCUUGCACAUCGGGGUCCACGUCUGUCAACACUGCAUUCUGGGCUUGCCUUUUGAAAGCUGAUAACAACAAUGAAGUGCAGUGCCACUGCACACAGAUUAAGAUCUGACAGUACUGACCCAGCC